AUGUCGCGGACCAUUACAUUCGAUAUCCCGUCUCAAUACCAAUUGAUAGAUCUCAUCGGUGAAGGUGCAUAUGGGACUGUCUGUUCAGCGGUUCAUAAACCGUCCAACACAAAAGUUGCCAUUAAAAAGAUUCAACCUUUCAGUAAACCAAUGUUUGUAACGAGAACACUUCGAGAGAUAAAAUUAUUACGAUACUUUCACAAUCAUGAAAAUAUUAUUAGCAUCUUAGAUAAAGUGAAACCGCCUUCUAUAGAUGAAAUGAAAGCUGUUUAUUUAAUACAAGAAUUAAUGGAAACAGAUUUACAGAAAAUUAUUAAUAAUAACCAACAAUCGUUAAGUGAUGACCAUAUUCAAUACUUCACUUAUCAAAUUCUUAGAGCAUUAAAAUCUAUUCAUAGCGCGAGAGUAAUACAUAGAGAUUUAAAACCAUCGAAUCUUCUUCUUAACUCAAAUUGUGAUUUGAAAGUCUGUGAUUUUGGUUUAUCACGAUGUUUAGCAAGUAGUUCGGAUACAAGAGAAAAUCUUGUAGGGUUUAUGACAGAAUAUGUGGCAACAAGAUGGUAUCGUGCCCCAGAAAUUAUGUUAACGUUUCAAGAAUAUACCACCGCCAUGGAUAUAUGGUCUGUAGGAUGUAUUUUGGCCGAAAUGAUAUGUGGAAAACCAUUGUUCCCGGGUAAAGAUUACCACCAUCAACUAUGGUUAAUUUUAGAGGUUCUGGGAACCCCAUCUUAUGAUGAUUUCGAACAAAUAAAAUCCAAGAGAGCAAAAGAAUAUAUAUCUAACUUACCGGUAAGACCACGUUUACCAUGGGGGAUGGUUCUUAAUAACAAUAUGCAUGCCAAUAAUAGUCGUAAUAGAGACUUCAACCCUGAUUUGUUAGACCUACUUACCAAGAUGUUGAUGUUUAACCCUAAUAAAAGAAUUAGCGCAGAAGAGGCAUUAAGACAUCCAUAUUUGGCAACAUAUCAUGACCCAGAAGACGAACCUGAAUACCCACCUCUAGACCUCGAGGAUGAGUUUUGGAAAUUAGAUAACGAAAUAAAGAAACCAGGGGAAGAUGAAUUAUCAAUGGAUAUUUUGAAACAAAUGUUGUAUGAUGAAAUUAUUAAACCAUUGAAUUAG